AUGUCGACCAGAAGCACGUCGAUCAGAUCAUCUCCUCGUUCCUCUACUUGUCCGUGUCGCCCUUCCAUAUCCUUGUCGGAAGCCAUCGGCUCCUCGUUUGAGCGAGCCCUUGAAAAAAUGUUCAUAUAUUCUGUUGAGGCAUCUGUGAAUCUGGAUCGUGGAAUGGAACUCUCCUCGCUUCUUCACGAGUCCACCAGAAGGUGGUAUCGUAGACAGGCCACAACCCACAAUUCCAUAACAUGGCCACUUCCUAGUGAGCUCACGGUUAAGGUCUUUUCCAUGGCUGAUACUAAAUCAUUGGUGAACGCUUCAGCGAGUUGCACCAUGUUCAAGAAAUAUGCCGUAGAACAAUUUUGUUACUCCAACGUUGACUUGACCACCGCAAAUGUUAAAAGUAAAGUUGUGCCUGAUAUGAUUCUUAAGGCUGGAAAGGAACUCAGAUCUCUUAAAGUUGGUUGUCCAGAUGAAUCUACAACGCCUCUGCUUAAAGCAUCUUGUCUUGCCCCUCUAUCAUAUAAAAAGCAUGGUGUUCUUGGGAAUCUAUUGGGAAGCCUACACAUUUACAAUCACGGAGGCUUGAACAGCAAGUCCUUAUGUGGUCCGUUGUCAGUCUGCUCAAAUCUGACCGAUUUGAAGAUUGUUGGAUUGAAUUUUGAUACACUGGCUGAUGUGGUAGAUUCGCUGACAACAAAAUGUCAGCCUCUGUUCUUACAGAGAGAUAAUGGUGCAUGGAACUUUAUAAAUGCUUCGCUCUUUCAGAGUAACUGCCCCAAUCUUACUUCACUAUCACUUAUAGGUUUUUACAUACAAGACCUCGAAGUAUACAAGCUUUUAAUGGGUUUGCGUAAACUUAAGUACAUGGACCUAUCCAAAACAACUGCAUUUGAAGGACGCUUUUUGAGGAAUGUGAGCCAUGAAUUCAAAGACGCUCUGAUCGAGACUCUAAUAUUGCGAGAUUCCUUUUUGCUAUCGAAAAGAAUGGUUCGCCGGUUUUUGGAUUCAUUACUCACAGCAGGACGCUUGAGAUUCAUUCGACAUAUUGAUGUUUCAAAUGACUAUGGAUUAUGUUGCGGACAAGGGAGAUGUAAAAAACUAAAGUUUCCUCUGGAAGAGCUGAAAGUAAAAAGACCAGGUCUUACAUUUGUGGCAGCAGAUUUUCCAACAUCAUCAUCAUCUGAUUCAUCAUCAUCUGAAUCAUCAUCAAAUUAG